AUGCCAAAAUCACACAAAGAAUCAAGAAAACAUUCACGGCUGGUCGAUGACGUGGCACCUGGACGGAGAAUACCAAAUUUCCGACGUCAUCAAACUGAAACUUUAACGUGGACCCCAGUAGCUAUGGAGCAAGCUGGGUCCCAGCCUUUAAUGGGUCAAGAAAAGUUAGGACUUCUGAAGGGAGAAGAGAGUGUUUUGUACGCGCCAUAUCUCUCAUGUGAGUGGGGUUCAAAGCACCACAGCGACAAAGGGGAGAAAAAAACCCGCACGUGGGACCGAACAACACUUGGUACUGUGCCGGUCUGGCGCAUGGCAUUCACCACGCCUCAACUUCAAUGCAAACCGUACACGUGGACCACCUACUCCAAGAUGUCUGGCACGUGGACCUGGGUUCUAGUAGAGAAUAGGCCGGAUAGACAUAGGUAG